CUGGCGCCCCCUAUAAUGUCCUCGGUCGAAACCCUCCUCUGUCCCGCCAUGUCCACCACAUCCAUCGUAGUUCGCCCUCAGCCCGUCGCCACCACCCUCGUGGUGGCAAGGGAGAGAGACAGAGACCGCCACGUCGUACCCCUCGUCCUCCCGAGCAAAACAACGAUCCACAGCCUUCCUUCCGAGAUUUUACUCGAUAUAUUCGAGCGACUCUUUGACGACCUCCGCAUCAAGUGCUGCGACUGCGACAUCACAGUCAACGAAGACGGCUCUCCCCCUGUGUGCGCACGCACGCGCGACUCAAAGCACUGGUGCUGGCGUGCGUGUCAUGUCCUCGACCCUACCCUUUUCCCAUACGCGCCCGCAACUGCAUGUCGUCGAUGGCGGGAUAUUCUCGCUAGCAUUCCCGCGUUCUGGACGCGCAUCGUCAUCUGCGUCGACUCGCCAGGUCCCGCUCUUACACUGGCGAAGAACUGUCUGCAGUGGUCGCGCGACGAGCUCGUGCAUAUCUGGAUAACACGACGGAAAAAGCGACUUCCCUCCCAAAAUAGUGUCUCCCACGAGAAGGACAAAGAGAAGGACAAGCUUUCUGGAAACAUGGUUGGCGAGUGCGAGAGAGAACGCAGGGCCGUGGAAGGCAUCAUGCGAAGGCUUGCCCCCCAUCUCCAUCGGUGCCGCAGCAUUCACCUGAACCUCCUUUAUCGCUCAUCGAUCAUGGCAGCCGCGAGGAGUCUGAAGGGCUCGGCACCUUUCCUCCAGUCUCUGGUUCUUAAUUCCGCAGUCACAGAUACCGAGCAGACCCUGCACGCCGACGGCCUGCGUCACCUAGAAUGCCCAUUGUUGAACCUCCUCGUCCUCGACGCAAAGACUCUGGUCGACAUGGGCCGGUCUGCACCGCAGUGGCUCGCGGAGAGGCAAAGCAGAAUAAAUGUCGAACUUACCCAGUACGCGCCUUCGCAUGGAGGCGGGCUCAGGAUGUCCGACGUCAUCCGCUCCCUACACCUCAUCUCCUCCAUCCACCGGCUCCGUAUCCGGGACGUUGCAUUUUGCGACGCCGCAGGCGACACUUUGAAGCAGGUGACGUGGCCUUUGCACGUGCGCGAGCUGCACCUCGAGGGUCUACGCGGAUCUGCCGUGUCCGACUUCUUCGCGAUGGCCGACGACCACUUCCUCUUCACGACCAUCACGCGGUGCCAGCUGCGCGGGCCGUGGCACUACCUUCUCGAGGGGUACGAAUUGCGCUUCGUCGGGAUCGACGAUACGCCCGGGCUCGUCGACGCGCUCGACGCGUGGGAGGGGCGCGUGCUCUCGUUCGAGCGCUGCGCGAACCUCGGCAAGACCGUACUCCAUGCGAUGGCGCAGGGACGCAUCGAAAUGGUCAACCUCGAGAUCCUGCGCAUCGGAGACUGCCCGUUCUCGACGGAGGACCUCAAGCGCGUCGUGCGGCAGAGCUGGCACACGGAUCCCAUCCGCUGCCUGCAGGUGAGGUCGCCCGGCGUCCCCAUCUCGACGGAGGACUACUCCUGGUUCUCGAGUUGUCUGAAUGCGUUCGACUGGUCGUCUGCCCCUAUGGCGCCUAUCUCCCCCAGCGAGGGUUCCGCGGCGUGCAGUGGCUCUGGGGAUGCGCAGCACGAAGAAGGGGUGGACCCGGUAGAUCUCUACGGCGACGAACACAUGCUCCCUGCCUACGCCUUCGAAUAGGACCAGAUGUGCCCGUGCCCACGGAUGCUUCACGCUGACGCAAGACUAGGCCAACGACCGAUCCGGUAACGCCACGCUACUUAUCGCUCACGCGCCUCGCCCAAAACUGUCUACAGUUCCCGCGACGCGUCCCUUGUAGAAUAGAGAUGAAGAUGAAGGCGGAAACAUCCGCGCACGUGGGUGCAUCACGGUGCUCGACUUGGGCUCUGGACCUUUCGACGAUUCAUUCUGUAGAUUUGGG